CUCGGUUAAAUAUCAUAACCACUUCUUGAUAAAUAUUAAGACGCCACUCAGCUCUAUAUCCUAUUAUUUUCGAACUCCAUGGGACCUGGUGGGAAGGCAGGGCUUUAAGGUGGAGAAAACUAAAAUAUGGCCAAAUUUCACAUCUUACCACCAAAUUGAUGCUGAGCUCAUUAGAAGAUACCGUCUGGAUCGAGCUGGCAUCGUAGCAGUGACAGACUUGGUGAGGGACGAACUGCACAGUCAAACUUGCCGAAAUAAAGCACUCCCUCCAGAGCUGAAGGUGGCUAUAACUCUUCGUUAUUUAGCCACUGGCAAGAUGCAGCUGUGCAGUGGAGAUGAUUUUGGUGUGUCACAGCCAACUAUCAGCCGUGUGAUUUGGCAAACAAUCACUGCACUGACUGCCCCUCGUGUCUUCCAUCAGUUUGUGAAGUUUCCACUGACUAGACAAGAAGUUCAGAGGAAGCAGGUGGAGUUCAUGGCUAUAGCCGGAUUUCCUGGAGUAGUAUGCGUGAUUGACGGGAUCCACGUGCGGAUUGUGGCACCCAAAGAUGAUGAGUACGCCUAUGUGAACAGGAAACGCUACCAUAGCAUCAAUGUUCAGGUAGUGUUUGAUGCCACCUACAAGAUCCUGGACAUAGUUGCAAAAUGGCCUGGAUCAGUGCAUGAUGCCCGCAUCCUGGAUGAAUCUGGACUCAAAAUGUUAUUUGAGGAUAAUUAUGUGCCACAACCGUGCCAUCUCCUUGGGGACAGUGGAUAUUCAUUCAAGCAGUGGCUCCUGACACCAUAUACGAAUCGUCAGCUAGCAGCCCCUCAAGCCAAUUACAACAGAGCUCACAAGAGAAUGAGAAGUGUGGUUGAGCGAGGGAUUGGGCAAUGGAAGCGAAGAUUUCAUAUCCUGCACAGUGAAGUCCGUGUUGCCCCCGACAAGGUCUGCAAGGUGAUUUAUGCCUGCGCUAUUCUGCACAACUUCUGCAAGAACAGGGGUAUUCCUCUCCCUGAUGCAGAUGACUGUGAUGAUGGUGCUGAAGAAGUGGAGGAUGAUGAGGCUGCCCCAUACCACGCAGCUGCAGGCCCUGUGGCACGAGGAGUUCAAGCCCGAAGGGAUCACUUUGCAUAUGUCCACUUCAAUGUUGAUGAGUAAGGCUGCGGUACCAGUCCAAUGAAGGGUCCUCUGCCUCUGAACACCAGACCCAACAGGAGUGCCUCUCUCACAUAAGAAAAAAGGAGCAUGACGGUGGAUUUUUAUAAGAAGACUUUUUUUUACCCUUUGUGCAGAAAUAAUAAAAUAGUUUUUGUAAUAUGUGGUGA